CACCCGAUAAUCUGUUUAAUCAUGCUCAAUGAGCUGACUGCCAAUUGUUGCCGCAUUUGUUUGGGUAAGGCCAAGAAAUUGCGUUCCCUCUACAAGCCAGUGGAUGAAGGCGAUGAGCCACCAAAUGAAAUGUUGCUAAAGGUUACCGGGAUUGCUGUGGAGGAGGAAGACAAACACACCAUGUUACCAAAGACUAUUUGUAAGAACUGCGAAAUGUCCCUGAGUAUGGCAUUUGAGUUUCGGGAAAAGGCCCUGCAGAGCCAUGAAUUGUUGAUGUCUUAUGUGGGAGAGUUAAAGGGUCCUGAAGAGGCGGAGCUAGUAGCUGAAUUUGCAGGAGAAACUCACAGAGAAGAUUUAGUAAUUAAGACCGAAGAAGCUGCUGCAAUAGAGAAUGGGGGUCCUCAAAAUUGCUAUGAAGAAAAUCUAACAAGAGAACAAAAUAUCGAAGGAAACCAGACGGAAAAUAAUCAGGGAAUAAUGACCGAAGAAAACGUGAUAUCAAACAGAGAUGAAACCCCCAUGGAACAGUUAGUUUAUAAUAAUGAAGACCCCAAUCAAGAAGAAGAAUUUGAUUCACACAAUGAACAUCAGGAUGAUGAUGAUCAUCAUCUGUAUGAACAAAUGGAAACCAUAUCAAAUACAUCAGAACAUGAAAUUGAGGAAUUGCAACGAAAUAUUGAAAAUGAGGAGCAAUUACACCAACAACUUGCAGCAAAUGUACGCAAGAAAAGAAGUAUAUCUUUAGCGGAGGAGACAGUAAUUGAAUUGGUAGAUGACGACGGACAAAAUGUGGCGAAACAAAAACAUACCAAAAAGGGCAAAGAAAAUGAAAUGUGUCAGGAUGACAGGGAGAAUAUUGAUUCAAUUGAAAUUGCUGUGAAAGAUGAGUGUGAUUCCGAUGUCAAACCAUUGGAGCAAAGACGUCGUAGAAAACCCAGAGAAGAAGCGCAGCAUGCUUUUAUAUGUGAUAUUUGUGGUAAUGUUUUCUCUAAGCGGGGACGUAUGAUGGAACAUCGUCAGCGUCAUGAUAAGAAUCCAAAAUAUGCAUGCGAAUUAUGUGAUAAAAAAUUCCACAUGCGUGAAUUGUUAAGGAAACACAUGUUCUCACACAGUGGUGGUAAACCAUACAAAUGUGAAUACUGUUCGCGGACAUUUUACUAUGAGUCCGUGAAGAAAGCCCAUGAAGCGGUCCAUCAAGGCCUAAAACCCUAUAUCUGUGAUGUCUGCGGUAAAGCCUUUAGCUAUGGCCAUUCACUGAAGAAACACAAGCUGAUACAUGCCGAAGUAAAGCUAUAUCGUUGUGAAUAUUGUAAUAAAGAUUUCCGCCUCCAGCAUCAUAUGAAACAACAUGAACAGACCAAAGCCCAUCGCAGAGAAGUUCAAUUGGCAGGUGGUACUGUAGAAGAUUUGCAAGAUACAAUGGUUACCGAGGAGGAGGAUGAGGAACAUGUAUUUACCAUCAUGGUGGAAGAACAAGAAGUCAAUUAG